AUGUCCUCCAGUGACUUGCUUUGUGAGGAUGGCUGGGUCACUACAGCAGAUGGACUACUUCUCUUUUGGGUUCCACAGGAGCAUCGCCUUGGUCUAUGCUGGCCUCAUACUCUUGUGGUUGUAGGGGCUCAGCCAACUCAACUCAAUAUGCAAUGUUUUGUUCAUGGUCCACAAUGGACACAAUGUCACACUGGAACAAGGGAUUGCUAG